AUGAAUUCACUAAAUACCGGUACCGAAGUAAGAGCAGCUAUCAAAAUCGUUAAAUGGAAUCCAUCAGUGUUUCCCAUUGGAGAUAUGUUUCGAAAUAUGGUUAAAACUAGUCCCUAUCUGUCGACAACGAUAUUCACAGCCAGUUUCAUAGCUGUGGGAACGAUACAGUGUAUUGAAUGUGCAAAACGUGUUGGUGAUUUUUAUCCAACAAGAGAGUCAAUAUUUGCUGAUGGUAUUGGUACAUUAGCGGCGACUUUUAGAAUGUUGGCGAUGCUUUUCCUCGUGUUUUGUCAACGAAAACGAUGGAUUGAAGAGAGAGAAGAAGAAUUGGAUCAUAUUACUACAGAAGAGCGAUCGCAAUGGAAUAAGUGA